AUGGCGGAGAUUGGCGAAAACAUCACGAUAUCUGCACCACGCAAGAGAGUGUAUAACAACAUUCUUGAGACUAUUGGAGGCACUCCUUUAGUCAAAUUGAAUGGUGUCACCGACCACUCUAAGAUUCAACCUGGCACUACCGUUCUCGUGAAAUUGGAAUUCUUCAACCCAAUGUCUUCCGUAAAAGAUAGAAUUGCACUUAACAUUGUCUACCAAGCAUUAAAGGAUGGGCGCUUGAAAGAAGGGAUGGAGAUCUUGGAGGCCACUUCUGGGAAUACUGGGAUUGGGUUGUGCCAAGUAGGUGCUGCUUAUGGGUUCAAAGUGAACAUAGUGAUGCCAUCUACCAUGUCUGUUGAGCGACAACAAAUCAUGAAGGCCUUUGGCGCGAACUUAAUUCUAACUGAAGGGAAACUUGGGAUGCCGGGAGCGAUCGCUCACUCGGAAAAUAUGGUCAAAGAGAACCCAGGGAAGUACUUUGUAGCGGAUCAAUUCAACAAUCCCGAUAACACCAAAGCACAUGCAUUCACAGCUCAAGAGAUCUGGGAAGACACUGACGGUAAAGUCGAUAUCUUCAUCUCAGCUGUUGGUACCUCUGGAACUCUUAUUGGUGUUGGCGAGAACUUGAAACAGAAGAAGAACGUCAAAGUGAUUGCUGUCGAGCCUGAGGAAUCUGCUGUUCUUGAGGGUAAGCCAAAAGGUCCACAUGGGAUUCAAGGCAUCGGUGCUGGGUUUGUGCCAACCAUUUAUAAGAAGGAUAUAGUCGAUGAGAUCAUCCCAAUUAAGACGCAAGACGCUUGGAAGACAUCGCGAUUAGUUGUGAAGUAUGAUGGUAUCAUGGUUGGUAUGUCUUCUGGUGCAGCUAUUCUUGCUGGUCUUCGUGAAGCGACCAAAGUUGAAAAUAAAGGAAAGACUAUCGUUGUGAUUGUGCCAUCAUGCGGUGAAAGAUAUUUGUCAACAGAUCUCUACAAGACUGUCGACCAAGGCACCAAAAAGGAAGUUCUCGAUACUCUUUUGAACUAA